GACAGGAAGCUCUGCAUCUGUCCAGCUCUUUGCUCGUCCAGAGACUUCGCCCUGUGCUCCCUCCGGCUGUGUAUCCAUUCACGAAAGCAACCCCCAACGCGUCCGGAAUCCCUCGAGUCUUCACGAAGACAGCAGCCAGGACUGAGACGUUCAUUUCUGCGCGCAUUUUCUGCAGCAAGAUCACCCCUCAUCUCUUCCGCGGCAAAUAAGGGCGGUGUUCGCUCGAUCCGGGCAGCUUCGUUGGAAACGCGCGUUGGAAACCAUCGCGAUCAAUCCCGCGACGUCGAUUGUAUCCCGAGCUCGAUAUACCGCGGACUUCUAGCCAACAUCGAUUGAUUUCUCCGACAAUAUUCAAGAAGAGAGUUAAAAGUGUUUUUUCGGGGCCAAAGCAGCCCGGCAAGCGAAGAGGCUCCGGGAUCAAAGCAACAGCAGGAAGACAUGGGCCCGAUGCCGGAGGCUUCAGGAUCUGGAAUGACCGACGAGGAUGAUUACUCGACUUUCGAGAAUAAAACCGGCCUGGCCGAAGACAUGAAGUUUUUGGCGAGCAUGCCAGAGCUCUGCGACGUGACAUUCCUCGUCGGUGACACCAGGGAGCCAGUUUGCGCCGUAAAAGCUGUGCUCGCGGCCAGAAGCAGAGUCUUCCAUAAAAUGCUAUAUCAAACUCCGAGCCCGCAACGUAAAAAAGAACCGCCGGCGCGAGAAAACAAGAUUCGGCUCUUUCUCAAGCGCAGCUCCGAGCCGCUGUUAAAUUUGCAGAACGCCGCGCAACAGCGGUCAGGGUUCACGCAGCAACUGGCCCCCAUCCAAGAGCCGCAAUCACAUCAGCAUCAUACGCUGAUUAUCGAGGAAUUCGAGCCCGAUGUCUUCCGGCAGCUGAUCGAGUAUAUUCAUACGGGAUGUGUGACAUUACAGCCUAGGACUUUGCUUGGGGUAAUGAACGCCGCCGAUUAUUACGGAUUGGAUGAACUCAGACGAGCCUGUGCAGGCUUCGUUCAAUGUUGUAUAACCGUUGAUACAGUCUGCGCUUUGUUAGCAUCAGCGGAGCGUUAUAUUCAGUACAAAUGCACAAAAUCCCUAGUUCAAAAGGUACUAGAGUUCGUCGAUGAGCACGGCAAUGAAGUAUUGAAUUUAGGAUCGUUCACAUUACUACCGCAACACGUUGUCCGUUUGAUCCUUGCCAGAGAAGAAUUACGUGCAGAUGAAUUUACGAAAUUUCAAGCUGCAUUAAUGUGGAGUAAAAAGUAUUGCGACAACAAUCAAAAUACACCGUUGAAAGAUGUAAUUGGUAACUUCAUCGAGUACAUUCAAUUUCACAAAAUUCCAGCUACUGUAUUGAUGCAAGAAGUAAAUCCUUUGGGACUGGUGCCACCGGAAAUUAUCAUGAAUGCAUUAGCUUAUCAGGCAGACCCAACCAGUGUCGACCCCAGAAAAUUCUCUCCCCACAGAGUGAGGAGACAGGGUCGCAGCAUGUCGGUCCAGUCGUCGCUGGAUCCGUAUGGCAGCAUCACGACCUUGAGCUCGAGCGGCUCCGACGCCGGAUCGGAUCAGAAACAAAAUUCUGGUAGCAACUAACCUCAGGCCACGGCCGCACUGAUCGCGGCCGUUUCGGACGAACCUCGACGAGCCGAGGCUAUUUGUGGCCCCGACGAAGGAGCGGCGCCGACAGACGUUGUUAUCGCAGAAGAAAGAGAGCAGAAAGAAAAACAGCGACCGCAACAGCAACAACAGCGGCAGCAGCAGCAGCAGCAGCAGCAGCAACAGCAGCAGCAGCAGCAGCAGGAGCAACAACAAGAAUCUCAAGUUCAGGUUCAUGCGGAACAGGAAGCGCCUCAAUCACAGCGUCCACCGCAGGAACAACAGAAACAGGAACAAGUGCAGUCGCAACAAAAAGAGCCGGGUCAUUUACAGCAGCAAGUCCGUCAGAAGAUAGAGAAGGACAGGGAGCAACGGAAGCUUCAGCAAGAGCAGCAGCUAUUGCAGCGUAAACUGGAACUGGAAGAGCAACUACGACGCAAGCUGGAGCGAGAACUAGAACAGGAAGGAAAACCGUUGCAACAGAAGGUGGAACAUGAAACACGAAGGAAACUGGAAAAAGACAAGGAGGAACAGCAGCAAAUUAUGCAGUUGAAAAAAGAAACGGAGCAGCUGAAGAAAGAAGAAAUGAAACGUUCGCCGAAAGCUGAACAGCGUGUGCAGCAACAGAAAAAGGUUGACGAUAAGCAAUCGCAACUACCGAAGGCAGAUGAACAGCCGGAACUGCAACAGAAACGUAAACAGCUGCAAGAACCGCUGGAUAAAAAUGAGCGAGCGAAACUGCGCAAGCAAGGUGAGAAAGUGGAGGUAUCGCGUCAAGAGUCACUUGUGCAACAGCAAAAGAUGGAGAUAACAGUGCAAGAAGAUCAAGAGGCACAGCGCCGGAAGGAGAAGCCGCAGUUGCCACAGCUUGGGGAAUCGCAGCAGCAGCAGCAGCAGCAGCACCAAGAGCAGUCGGAAAUCCGGCCGCUCGAGGGAGUCAGUGGACUUUACAUUAGGAUAGUGCUGAGGCACGAAGGUCGCGCGAAUCUAGUCUGGCUAUAUAAAACACACAUAUUCUAAAUUUCGAUGAUUCGCCUCGUCGCUUCCGUCUGAACGUCUCAAGCGACCUCGCAGCUAUACGGCUCUACGACUUAUCCAUCCAUGUUGAAAGGUAUCGUGAAUGCGAGACGUAAUGCAUCAAAAUGCAUUGCAGCGCUCCGCAUUAUUCCGGGGUUACUUAAUGUCUUAAGAGAGCAUCGGCGUUUCCUUUAAUGUUCUAAUGUCGGCGCGUCGAAGUAACGCGCGCGUCAGAAUAUCAAUUGGUGCAUGUAAUGAUCAGCUUCUUCUUCACGACGCAAGUGAAGCUUUAACGGUACAUCUUUGCGCCGCCGCAAUCUCGGUAAUCUCGAUAUGGGCGUCGCCAUUUUCUAGAUAUAAUUAAUCAAAGGAUUCCGUUAGGCUUGAUUGUCCAUGAUCGUGGAAGAAGACAAUCGUACUCAUGUUAUUGUUGCAAGAAAAAUAUGUAUUUGUUAAACGUAAAUAUGUGCAUGUAAACAGAAAUGCAUCUGUCGCUUCGUUCGUCAUGCUUUCUCUAUCGUUCGACAGGCUCAUACCGUUCAGUCCAAUAAACGCACCAUUGAGGACAGAUAAAUAACAUGAAUUAAAUAAGUGAAUUAAAUAAGUGCAGUUUAAAGAUACAAUUUCUUAUUUACGCGUAGUUUUUAUUAUUUGCAUUUUUACGAUUACUCCACAUAAUUUAUCUCGUGCAACUUCUUUUUUUUGUACGAUAGUUUCUAAUUUGUCAUAAAUUAUAUGUUUGCCGUAAACUUCAUAAUACUUUCUACCAUCUUUACUUCUUACCAUUGAACUAUUACUCUUACUAUUUCCAUUAUCAAUCAACGAAACUGCAUUUGUCAAAAAAAUUGACUUAUAUUGAACGAACUUUUCGCUAUGAGACUUAAUGUGGUUAUAGUAACAAUUUCAGAGAGAUACUGUAUACACUUGUUAAAAAUAGAUCUUAUAUUAUAGCCAAGAGAGACAUGUAAUAUAUAUUCUAUAUGUUUCUGGAUAAUGGUUAUAUGACAGUAAUAGAUGACUAGAGAGCCGAUAUUUUGUCAUGAAUGCUUCCCUGGAUAUUAUUACACUCGAUGCUAGACAUAUGUAUUCUUCGUUCGGUUGCACCGUCAAUUAUUAGAAAACCAAAAAUCUCAGCGAAGCUAUGGUUCAAGUAGUAACAGAAGUCUGAAUUCUCGCCAGAUAUAAAUUUCGCUGAAACGAAUAUUUUAUUGCCGUAGUUUUUAACUAUAAUAAUUGAUGCAUGCAAGCUACAAAAUAAGUUAUACGUUACACUUCAGAGUCCGUUAUAAAUAAAAAAACACUGCACUAAAGUUUAGAUACGUACGCGCGCUCUUAGUAACGUUAGAUAUCCGGUAGAGAUUACACAGAAGCAGAUUUAAUUUUUAAACGGAGCUUAACGCAUAGAUCAAAACGUCAACAACAACUGAGCGUAAAACUAAAACGCAGCUGUCAUCACCUCUGGUGAUGUUUUUUAUUACUGUCGCAUAUGCAGCUUAUUUGCGUAGAUGUAUCAAAGAUAUGUUCAUAAAUGUGAAUAUAUUUACUUGUCUAUGAACCGUUGUCUGUUGUGUGCAGCGACAUUUCUAUUGUUUUAUACGUAAAAUGUAUGUACAAAAAAAAAAUAUAUAUAUAUAUAUAUAUAUAUAUAUAUAUAUAUCGUUGAGCAGCCUAAAUGGCGCGAACUCCUUAUCACAAUGUUAAUCGAUAAUGCGAUCGAGCUAAACAUAAGUGGACAAAGUAUGGCAUAAAAUAUCAUACUGAGAUUCUUUCUUCUCAUUUAAAAUAGCUUCAAUUAACAUGUUCACUGUCACCGACGCGCAGGCGCGUCUUUGAUUUGCGCUUGUGUCUUUUUAAGCGCUUAAAAUAUAAGCGCCGAAAGUUUUAUACAACUCGCCUCACUAAAAUCACUUUUUUGAGAAAAUUAUGAGGAAAUGCUCCUGGCGAAAUGUUCCAAAAAUAAAAUGAAAACAUAGUGAUAGUAAACGUGUUAAUUCAAUGAUUUCUUUAGCAAUUUGCUGUUCUGCUAUUAUUCAUCUGGCUACUGCGUAUUUUUAAUCAAUACGAUAUUAUACUGGUAUCCGUUAGUCUUCCAUCUAUUCUUAUUUUGAGA